GGAUAGAUACAGACUGUGCCCGAGCUUCUAGGUCAUUUCUGAGAUUUCAGUUUGGACUGACACAUCAGAUUACACUAACAAUGCAUCGUUAAUUUGAUCGAUUUUAAUCAAUAAUACUUGCGUGUAUUUCUAUAUACAUAUAUAUGCAUAUAAAUCAAUUUCAGUGACAGGCUAAUCUCGGGAUCCCCGGAGCUGACGUGUAGCAGUACCAAGAAACCCCAGGAUAUUCUUCGGACAGAUCCCUCUCUUCACUAUGUUUUCCGAGAGCCGCAUCGAUUUCUUCCGAUAUCGAUAGCAACUGCUUUGUCAUCCCGGGGUGAGUGAACAGUCUAGUCAAGUUUGCAAAUGGCAACGUUCCUUCAGCAGUUACGACUUCUGCUCUGGAAAAACUGCCUGAGUGUCGUCAGACAACCAGUUUGGUCUCUUGUUCUUCUCAUCUGGCCUUUGGUGAUCUUCAUUAUCUUGGCUGUCACCCGCUCACAAUUCCCUCCUGUCCAGAAAUCGACAUGCUAUGCCGCCCCUCGUAACCUCCCCAGCGCUGGCUUCUUCCCCUUCCUGCAGACGCUGCUGUGCAACUCCGACAGCGUCUGUGCCAACAAGUCCUAUCUCCUGGGGAGCCGGUCUGCCGCCCUCCGCAGCCUCAGCUGGAGCUCUGAGGAUGCCAGCAGGCUAGCCAGUAUCCCGUUUGGACCAUCCUUGCUGGACAAAAUGAGUACCGGCUUGCUGCGGUCAGCUAUACCGGCGGGGGGCACUGAUGACCAGCUGAUGCAGAGCGUGCGGAACCUGGUGUUGAACACCAAGACUGAAGACCUGUCCAAUGUGAGCCUGAUCAUAAAUAAACUGAAUGAGACCAUCCUCAUGCAGCAGGCGGUGAGCGAGACGCUCUCGUCUGCGGACUUCCUGAAGAGGCUCAUAUGCAACCACACCCUGCCACUGCUCUUCCCCUCCGGCGACAGCUCCUCCAGCCCCCUAAGCUACGGCCUCCUCACCUUCUGCCAGUCCAAAGACACCUUGCUCGAAGCUGCCAUUGUGACUCUCAACCAUGUUCUCUCAGAUCUGGCGCUGAAGAACCCAGGAGAAAUGCUCUUGAUCGUGGGGGAGGUGUUGGGGGGGUUUGAGACACUGCAAGGGGAGGCGCCUCUGUGGGACUUCCUGCUGGGGCUCCCCCAGCUCUUCCAACCGGAACAGAGUCCGGAACAGAGCCUGAGCAGGGUCGUUGCACUGCUGGGCAGCAUCACGAGAGUGUUGGAUCGCAUACAAAAGGAUUUUCUUCAGGCAAAUCCUGUUUUGUCCUAUGCAAACCACACGCUGGGUCAGACCAUAUCCAUUCUGCAGUAUGUUCUCAACUGGCCUGGCAAAGGUGAUUCAAUUUCUCUAAAAGACGUUGUCACUAAAUCAUCUGGCUCUGAGGAAACCUUGAUAGAAAAUGUUAGGGUUCCGUUAGACAAGGCGCUUGUGUUAGCCGACAACAGCUCAUUUAAUUCCUUCAUCUGCGGGACGGUGAACGGGCUGGGCUCUCCCAUGGCGGGGCAGUUCGACAGUCUGUGUGCCAGUGGGGGAACGCAGGCAGUGUUCAGCCGGAUCGCACAGAGGAAGGUGGCCGAGCAGGUGUUUCUGGCAUGGACUCGGGCUGCCUCCAGGUCAGAUGUGGACUUCACCUUUCAGACCGCAGGCAACCUCCUGAGAGCAUACCUGCCAGACAACCAGGAGGUUGUGGGCAACCUCUCCACAGUGGGCCAGCUGCUGAACAGCUGGAUCACUGUUGUCAAUGACAGCAUACUGCUCUCCCUUAACCAGACGACUGGGGAAAAUCUGUUCGUGGACCUGGGCUCUGCAGCGCUGGGCACUGCGAGAGAGCUACCUGGCUGGCCUUCAGUGCACCGUGCCCUCAUGGGCAGCCUGGCUACUCUGCAGCUGUCCACUCAGCUACUGGACACCCAGGCAGACAUAUUAGGUCGCAUGGAGGCAGUGCUCAUUGAACUUCAAAAAAUGAUUCACUCUUUGAUGAGUAAUCAGUCAUUUUCUGAUGUCUGGGUUGGGACCAUUCUAAACUCAACCACCGAAAGCAUUUUGAAGGUUAUACUGUCAGGGGAGCAGUGGGCCUGCCACGACUUUGUGACCUCCUGGUCGUGGUACUUUACCCAGCACCCCUUGGGGCAGCAAGACUGGGCCGCCUCGCUUUGCUCUCUGAAUGGGUCUCAGCUGCUCAGCUCUCUCCAGCUACAAGUGGAGCCUCUCAUUGACAGGGUCUAUCUGCUCCUGUCUGUGAUCAAUGGAAGUCAAUCAUUCGAGGUGACCGCUUCCCAGCUGCUUUCCGAGUGGCAGUCCCUGAGACGUUCCUAUCUGCACUACGCUGAGGUCGUUGGGAGAGUGUCCCUGACCUUGGGCGCAGACUACUGGGCAGGCUGGAACUUGACCUUCUCCAACAGCUCUGUGGACUGGGCAGGCAUCAUCACGAACAGGAGUCUACAGGUGGUGGCGGAAAUGGGCACAGAGCUGGAGCAGAGCCCCGUGUGGCCCACAGUGCUGCCAUACUUCCAGGCUGCCUCCUGGAUCAUGGCGUACCAGCCCAAUGGCACAGGAGCACCCAACUGCUCUCAGUCUUCCUUCCUGUUGCUUGAAGGAUCUGCAGUCUUUCUGCAGAGCAGCUUCCAGAACUACGCUACGGAUCUGUUGAGGGAGUAUUUAAGACAACAGUCACUGGGCCAAAACACAACAAGUGAAGUCUAUAAAAACCUCUUAGGAAGAGUUCUUCGUCUGUUGGAAAUGUAUAAUCAGGUUCUGGCAAACAUCACAUCACUUGACCAGGUUAACAGCAGCCUGUCGCUGGCUCUCAUACAUAACCUCCUAGAGACAUUCAGUCUUAAACCUUUGGAGGCUAUCUGGCUGGAGGGGCAUUCCAAUAUUUCCACCAUCAUCGGCAGCAUUUUACAAGCAGCAGAAAAUAACCAACAUCUGCUCUCAGGUUUGAUGGUUGAAUUAUUGAAUGAUAGCAUGCAGUCCGUGAAAGAGCUUGAUGCAUUGAUUGAGAAAUGGCUGUCAAGAGAGGACAGUCUAUUACAUUCGCUGUCAUUUGGCAUGGGAAAAAUACUGCUUCGGUACUCCUACAUCCUGAAUCUAACUGACCUUGCCUCCUUGCACCACCUUCUUCAGCCCUUCAUCCAGACAAACCUGAAUACAUCCAGUACUGGUGAGUUUCUUUUGAACAUCUUCCAUGUGGUCAAACAAGUGAUUGAAGCUCCGUAUGACCUCCAGGUACUUGUAGAGGGAUACCUCAGACAGCUGCAAAACCUUCUCACCUCAGCUCUGUACAUGAACAGUGGGAUCCUGAUCCUAAGCCCUGAUGUGCAGAUUGAAAGUAAUGUCUCUGUACUGCUCAGCUCUGAUCUCAAGAAGCUGGCCCAGCACAUUCUCCCUCUCCUCUACGCAGAGUCUUUACAGAACUUCAGCAAUUCUGACAGCUUGAAGACCAUCUUGCAGCACUUUACAGAACUUCUGCCUGGGACAGUUAAGGAGCAGUAUGAGCAGCUGAUCAAGGUAGUGACCUCAUGCACAGAGAGCCACAUUUUUAAUGACACUCAUCAGAACAUAUCUGGUUUGGCAAAUUUUGUGCUGAAGAUCUCAGAGUUUUUCAAAAAUGAAGCUCAAAGCAGAAACAUUCAGCAGGUUCUUGUAGAAGGAUACCUCAGACAGCUACAAACCUUCCUCAUCUCUGCUCUAAACAUGAAAACUGAGCUCCUGAUUCUCGGCCCCUAUGUCCAGUUGGAAGGCAAUAUCUCUGUGCUGCUCAGCUCUGAUCUCAAACAACUAGCCCUGCGUGUUCUCCCUCUCCUCUCCCCAGAGAGUCUACAGAAGCUUAACAACUCUUCUGACAGUUUGAUGUCCUUCUUUCAAAGUUUUACUGUACUCCUGCCUGGGACAGUUAAGGAGCAGUAUGAGGAGCUGAUCAAGGUAGUGACCUCAUGCACAGAGAGCCAGCUGAACUGCUCAGUUCUCCUUAAUGAAACGUCACACAUCCUGGCUGAGGUAGCAAAAGCUUUAGAGGAAGUUAACAAUGGAAGCCUGUCCAUUCUGCUCAGGCAAGCCAUCCAUGUCAAUAACUCUUUCUUCAGCUUUGAUCAACAGGGAAACCUGUCUCUCAUCUUCACUGCAGAACUGAUUUCCAUGCUUCUUCCUUGGGACAACUCUACUAACAUGUCAUGUGCACAAACGACAAUAAUCCAGACACUCACCUUUCUCAAUCAAAUUGCAACCUCAUCUAAUUUCAGCUUGACGUCUCUACAGCAGACACUAGAGUCAUCAAACUUCAACAUAACUGAACUCAACACCAUUGUUCAACUGCUUGGAGCUUCCAACGUGUCUGAAUUGGUAUCAAAACUGAACAAGAUUGUCAGCAUUCAAGAGUGUUAUAAUCUGACCUCUAACAGCUCCCUGCAUUGCACUUUGAAGCUCAUUUACAAUGUGUUUGAUUUCCUUGUAGCAAAACCCAUGCCAAAGGAAAUAAAAGACACAUUCUGGACUGUGAGAUACAUUCUGGAGAUUUGGAUAAAAGAACUCGACAAGGAAGGUGUCCUGGCAAAAAAGCUGGAAGCUCUUCACAGCUUUACUUCACUGUUGUUACAGGAAGGACUUGAAGUGAACUGGAUCAGGCAUACUUCUCAAUCAAUUGUCAAUACAUUGAAGAUAAUAAAAAUAAACUUACAGAAGCUGAGCAUAGAAUAUCCAGGGGAUUUUAAUACUGGAAUUCAAUUACUGGAUGAGUUAAAUCAACUGUUCAUGAAUGGAACCUAUCCUUACUUUGAGAUGAACAGCACAAACUACAGCAACCAGAGCAUGGAAAAUGUCACACUAUACCUAGAAAUAAUUGAAUGGUAUCUUAAAAAAGUGGAGGAUAUAACUCUCAGUAGGAGGAACAUCUCUGAGAGACUGUAUCCAUUUUUCAAAAUGACAGAACUGACCUUAUCUGAAUCUUUUUCCAAUAUUCAGUUCACAUCCAGUAUUAUUUCUGCUUUUAAUAAGACAAAAGGCUUGGUUGAGUCCAUCCAGCUUCCUCUUGAUGAAUCAGACCUGAGAUCGGUCAUAAAGGUUGUUGUAGAAGCUGUUUUACCACAGCUGCAGUUAUUAACAGAUCAGAUUGACUCUAACCUGGAUUUCCUAGGAAACAUAGCACAGUACAUGGGACAAGAGAUGCUUAAUUCUACAUUGGUAGACAAGGUUGCUGACUUUGUAAAGAUUAUCAGGAGCUUUUCUAAUGUUACUGACUUGUGGCUAGAAAACAGCCCCUUCACCUCAGCAAUCUCUCACCUCUUGUUCAAGAACGAGACAUCUUUCAGUCUUCUGUCCCAGCUGACAAACCUGGAAAACAUAGUCCGAGCAGUGGAGCCUCUUCUAUCUGCUGAACAAAGAGCCCAUCUAAAUAUUAUUCUUGAGGUUUCACAGAUGGUGAAAAACCUGGCAUCUGAGACGGGAAGUGCAGGGAAGUUUAACAGCACAGAUAUUUCAAGAGCCAUAUUGGACCUAGCCAAUGUCCUUGUGAACAUCUCCAGUGUCUUCACAGGCCCCGUGCCUGAGUCUGUUGUCAGGGAUGUGAUGGAUGUGCUGCAGGGCUCCAUGCUUCUGGCCUCCCCGUCCUCAGAGCUGGACAUCGACCAGGCGCGCAACCUCAGCAUUGAAGUCAUUGGGAAAGUGGAGAACCUGGUCAGAGCUCUGGCCCCACAGUCAGUCUCAUCUGUCCUGCUGCACAUGACUCAAGCUGUCAGGAUAUACCUGGAGACCAUUUCUCAUGCUGAUCCCUCCGAUGUGUGGAAUCAGAUCAUCCUUAACGAGUUCUGGCACUUUUUAUCUUUUAACAAUACUGGAGAACUGGAUUUGAGUUUCAUUCAGAAUAUCCCUGGCAUUUUCUUGGAUCACAGCAAAGGAAACACUGUCUUCAAAUGGAGAGGUGAUUACAUGCUAGACAUGAAUAUGUCCACUGUGAUCACGAUCAUUGAGAGGGUGCUCAUAAGUCAUAUCUCCAGUGAGAAUGGCAGCAGGCUGCUUCAGGCUGUGUUCCCUGCUUUGUCCUCUCUCUUCCCCCAUGGAGAGACCUGGACUAGCAGCCUCAAUGAAUCACUGCUCCCUGUCCUGCUGGACAUCAUCACUGGAGCAGACCAUCAGGAUUCCUGGGAAACGCUGGGGCAGUUUCUGAACUACACCCUGUCCAUCCUGAGGGACACUCCCGCCUGGGGCAGAGUGCAGGCCUUCUUCUCAGCGCAUAUGGACAUUGUCAAGCUGCUUAUACGCAUCUUCUGCGCAGAAACAGAGCUGCAUGACAGUUUGAAGGAGGCGCUCGUAAAUCUGACAUGUGAGGUUCGACAAGCCAUGGGCUCUGCUGGAGCGAAUGACACAGGCUGGGCAGGCUCGGUCCUUCAGGCAGUGCUGGACACCAGUGACAUCAUCAGACAGGCUGGGCUGACAGCACCAGGGGUGAGCUGUGCAGACAUUGCCAGAGGCAAUAUCAGCAAGGCACUGGGGAUCAGCGACAGCAGGGUGGAGCUGUGGUGUAACCGCAGCCUUGGCGUUGUGUCAGAGAAGGUCCUCUCUGUGUCCAGUGGCAUCAGCCAGCUCCUGAACCGCACUAAGGUCGGGAUGAUCGUAGUAAAAGAUGUCAACAUCACAGCAGCAGAGCUAGUGAAAACCCUGCAGACCCUGUUCUCCUCAGCCCAGAAUUACUCGCUCAGUGUCAGGCAGCUCUACAGGGAUCUGACUGAAGACUUGCUGGGCUACGGAGCCACAAACAACGCCAGCAACAAAGAAGAGCUGAAACGUCUUUCAGCCUCCCAUGUCACUUUGGCUGUGUCAUCCAUUCUGAAGCCCUUACUGAACAACACUGCAGCUGUCCCGGGGAUGAGAGUCUACCUGGACGCAUUGGAGUGGAUAGUGAAUUACAUCAUCCAGAACAGCAGCACCUGGGAGCAGAACUGCACCUCCCUGCAUGGUAACAUGAGGGCGUUUUCCAAGAUCUGGAGUUCUAACGGCACACAAUUUGAAGACGCGCUUCUUAGAGCUAUUGUCACCAAUCCAGAUUUUACUACAAUGUUGCUUGAAGGAACUUGGAAAUAUAUUGUACAAAACAACAGUGCGUUCACUGCAGAAGGCCAAGUCGAAUUUGGAAUCCAGUUUGAUGGGAAAGAGGUUGAGCCUUUCGUCACGGCUACCCUGAAUCUCCUUCUGGAGGAUGACACAGUGUCAUCCCAGCUUUUGGCAGAAGUUCUACAGACCCUCCUACACUAUGUGGGGACAAAAUGGAACAUCAGUUUGCUAAAUCAAGCCUGGGAAGCAGCUGUCUUCAAUGCUUCACUUGAUGGUCGGUAUGCCAAUAACUUUCUGAAGGAUGCAAUAAGGGAAAUGAUAAGACUGGAAGUUGUAGAGAAUGGGUCUCUUGCAUUCAGCAUCCUUGACAACUUUUUGGAUGCAAAUGGCACAGAACUGAUGUUUGUGAGGAUGUUUGAGCUGGCUAGCUGGUGGAAAACCACCGAUUCUUCUGGAAUGACGUUUGUGGUUCAGGCUCUUCAAUGGCUGUGCAGAAUAACCAAGGCCGUCUUGUCAGCUAUCACUGACAUGGGCUUCAAUCUCCCAUCUGGUUAUGAACUCUUUGUUGACUUAUCCGUGGAUGCUCUAGAAAGUUGUACUGGAUUUGCACAGUUCAACACAUCAGGGUCUUCCAACUUCAGCAAGGUAAUAUCUACCAUAAUCUCAUACAUCAAGGACCAUCAGACUUUAUGGAAGAGUCAGCAAGGGAAAUCGCAGGAGAUCAUGGAGGAGCUCGUCCUCAAUUACCUCUCCUUACUGGGAGGGCUUUCGACGCCAUCCAAUGUCAAUGACGUUAUCAUGUCAAUCCAAAGGCUUCUGAGAGACAACAGCCUAAUUUCAGUCCUGGAUUAUGUUUUUGUGAACAUGACUGGAGAUCCAAACCAAAAUAAUCCCAUCAAGACUAUGCUGAAUCUUCUCUUGUACAUGACCAGGUCUGGACCAUGGGAAAAGUACACUGAGAUUUUUAGCCAAGUUUCUCAGCAGGACCCUGCUAAGUUAAAGGAAAUCUUAAAGAGCCUCAGCAAUUUGACAGACUUGAUCAAUGCCUUCUUAAAGCAACCACCUGAAGACUAUGCACAGAGGCUGGGUCAAACGUUCCAGGAGCUGAGCGCUGUUAUUGUCAACAUAACUAAGAAUAAACUGGAGAACAGCACUGAUUUCUUUGUAACAAUUCUCUCCACCAUGAAUGGCCUGCUGCACCAGAACAUGAACAUCUCCAAUGAAAUCAAGGUUUACAUCCACAUGUCUGAAAUUCUACAAGAACUCUUAAAUUCCCAGGCCUUGCAAAGCUCACAGAAUGGUGUGAGUGCCUAUCUGAAGGCAUUAGACCAAACACUUGCAGUUUUUAGCUCAUUCCUGUCCCCUGAGCAGAACACGUAUUUAAACCUUUCAGUGCAGAUGAUCAGAGGCUUCGUACAUCUUGUUUAUGCUCCGAAUAACUUGGAGGAUGUAGUGAAUUCCACCAAAAUGAUUGCUACCUCACUUGAUCUCCUCCUAGUGAAUGUAGGUAAUGUGACAUUUCCAACUGGACAAACUGUUAAAGAAGUGUUAAACCCUCUCAUCACAGACCCUGUUGUCAUCACACACCUUCUCUGGAAUCUCUCAGUCUCCACGCACAAUCUGACAAAUGCUUCUGACAAGCUAAAAUCUGCAGAAAGGCUGGUUAGAGGCUUAGUUUUAUAUCUUCCCGAGGAGCAAAGGUUCUAUAUAAAUGAAACUCUUCUCCGUGUUUUGUCCACUCCAAAUAUUUCCAAUGCUACUGAAAUCACAAAGAAUUUCUUCACCAUUUUAAGGACAGUUACAGACUCCCUAAAGGCUGUGCUUAACUUUACAGAUUUCCCAGUUUCAAAGGAAACAUCAGCAGGCAACCUGGUCAAGGGCUUACUCAAUGUCUCCGAGCUGCUGUCCAGUAAUCUUUGGCGAAGCCUUGAAUAUAACUCCUCUUUGCAGAUAGUCACUUUGCUUAGUCCACUGCAGCAGAUGGUGAAUAUUUUAUCACCCUUACUGCCCCCUGAGGAAAUCCAUUACUUGAAUGCCUCUGUCCAGAUCCUGGAAAUGUUAGCCACUUUCUUGAAUAAGACCACUAACUCAAGCACUAUAUUGGCCACCAGCUUUGCAAUAUCAGAUUCCUUGCAGAAAAUUUUGGGAGUGAAAUCGGACCCAGCCUCUCAGUCAGUUGGCAGCACUUUCAAUGACUUGAGAGACACCCUUCAAAGGAUUUUGCAGGUUUAUUCAUCUAAUGACGACGAUUUGUCCAAAACUGCUAACAUUACGAUGCUCAUUGUCGGGGAGCUGCAGAGCAUCCUGAGGCUGGCCAACAGCAGUUAUGAGAUGAAUGAAAUUAAACAGGUAUUGGAAGUCAUAAAGGCAAACGCUGACAGUCUUCGGAAAAUUAACUCAACAAACUGGGUGGAUGAGCUUCUGCAGGUCUUGGUGGACACUGUGGUUCUGGUGCCAUCAGAGCUUCCCCAUGCACCUCUGAUCAAGAACUUGACCAAGAACUUGGCUGAAAACAUACAAGGUAACCUGACUGUGCUGUCAGAGGCACAACAGGCUCUCUCCGCAGUAUUGCUGACAAACUGGGAGACACAUAACAUCUCUGAGGCUCUUAAGAACCUGGAAACAAAGACUGUAGCAGUGCAGCGGCUGAGAUCCUCAGUGUGUGACCUGGAGAAAUUAAGCUCCGGGCAGCUGCUGAACGACCUGAGUCCUUUCUCCCCGGGGUCGAUGUGCCGGACUGGCCUUCCUGUCCUGCACGCUGUCCUCAGCUUGUUUCACAGCCUCCUGAACUCAAGCUUCAACCAUCCCACCAACCUGAGCGCCAUGCCAGAGAACCUGUACAACAUCCUGAUCGGGGACCCCAGCACCUAUGACGUCAACACCAACUGGAUCUCCUCCAUCAUCGGUGACCUGGGCAUCAACACGAGCAGCCUGGGUUUCCUGAACAUCAGCACGGCUCCACUUGGUUCGGUCACAGUGUUCAAUUUGUUCCGAAACCAGACAGACUUUGCAUCUGAACUACACAACCUGACAGGGGUUCCUCUUGAGGUCAUCAGCGAUAUGCUGCUAACAGUGGUCCCUAACAACAGCAUACACAUGCUGGCUUGGCUGACCAAUCUUCAGUACUGCAGUGACCCAGCCCAGCUUGGACUGAACCAGUCAGAGGAGCUGGUGUUCAGGACCUUCUGCACUUUCUCCCCAGUCCAGUGGUACAAUUUUGCGGUGGUUGUUCUCCACAACCUGGAUCUGGAAACGGUCAUUUACAGGGUGCUGAUGUCCUCUGACAUGCAGAACACGGUUGGCGUCAUGAUGCAGCUUCUGAAAGCGUUCCUGGGCUUGAUGAACAAACUGCUCCCGCAGCUUCAAGUACUAAUGCAAUAUCUCAGAUCGGUCCAGCAGCUCAAUCUAAUUGCCAACCCGGAGUUCAGAGCACUGUCGUCAGGCACUAGGUCCUUUAUCUCCAGCAGGGCCACCUUUGCCACCCUUUCCCAGGCCAUGUGCACCAAUGGCAUGCUGGCUCUAUUCGGGAUCUCUGAAGUGCCCAAUGUUGAUGAAUCCCAGCCCUCCACUCAGGGCAACCUGAAGAGAGAGCAGCUCAUCGACAAAUUCAACAUUCCACGCAAUGCCACCCCCUUCUGUAUGGGCUUGUACCUCGACAUGGUGAACACCACAGGGGGCGCUGUGGCCUGGGCCUUCCUGAAGCCCAUGCUGCUGGGGAAGAUCCUGUACACCCCUGACACCCCGGAGACAGCCGCCAUCAUGAAGAAGUCUAACGCCACGUUACAGCAGUUCGCUGAUCUGAAGGUGUACGCUGAAGAGUGGAUAAAAUCAUCAUCCUAUGUUCAGGACGCUGUACAAGUGCUGGAGAAAACCCUUCCGAUUCUUCAGAAUUCCCUCAACAACACUUUUGUGCAGAAUUUCAUUCGCUUACAGGCCAAUAUUGAUGUCAAUGAGAUGAAACAGACUCUCCAGGGGUUGUCCAACGUGUCUGCCCAGCUGCAGAAGAACAGCAACGUGCUGAAGCAGAUGACCACUCUCUCGCAGCUGAUGCUCAACCUCUCCUCCUGUGUCAGCUUCGACCGCUUCCAGGCCCUCAACUCCACCGCCGAGCUGAACAGCCUGGCCCUUGACCUCACCCAGACACGCGACCACUAUGCCAGCGUCGUCUUCAAGCUCCAGAAGAAUCCUGGGCGGCGGAAGCGCUCGUUGGACACUGGCCUGCCCUUGCCCCCGCUGGUGGCCUACACCAUCCGCAUGAGCAUCGAGAACACCAUGAGGACAGACCGCACGCGCGACCUCCUGUGGGCGCGCGACUCCUACAUCUCUCCCACCAGGAACCAGCGCCACACCCGCGGCUUUGUCUACCUGCAGGAGAGCAUCGACCGCGCCAUCAUGGAGCUGCAGACCGGCAGGAGCGUGGAGGAGCCCGCGGUGCAACUGCAGCCAUUCCCCUACCCCUGUUACAACAAGGACGACUACCUCCAAAGCAUCUCGUACGCUUUCCCGCUCGUCCUCAUGAUCGCCUGGGUGCUCUUCGUCGCCAACUUCGUUAAGAAGCUCGUCCACGAGCGGGAGCUGCGGCUCCACGAGUACAUGAAGAUGAUGGGGGUGAACCCUGCCAGCCACUUCUUCGCCUGGUUCCUGGAGGGUGCAGCCUUCCUUCUGAUCACCAUCAUCUUCCUCACCAUCAUCCUCAAGGCUGGUGGAAUCCUACCCAGCAGUGACGGCUUCAUCCUCUUCCUGUACCUGUGUGACUAUGGCCUGUCCAUCCUGGCCAUCAGCUUCCUGGUCAGCUCGUUCUUCGACCAGACCAACAUUGCUGGGCUGAGCGGCAGCCUCAUCUAUGUCAUCUUCUUCUUCCCUUUCAUCGUGGUGAUGUCCUUAGAGCAGAACCUCAGCUUCUCCACCAAGACCCUGCUGGGCCUGUUUUCACCAACCUGCUUCAGCUACGCCAGUCAAUACAUUGCUCGCUAUGAGGAGCAAGGAGUAGGGCUCCAGUGGAAUAACUCUUACACCUCCCCUCUGUCGGGGGACACAUCGUCCUUCGGCUGGAUGUGCUGGCUGCUGUUGAUCGACUCCCUGCUGUACUUCAUCAUGGGCUGGUACAUCCGUAUCGUCUUUCCAGGCAAAUACGGCAUCGCGGCCCCCUGGUAUUUUCCAGUGCUGCCGUCCUUCUGGGCAGAUCGCUGUGGGUGCGGGGGGCGCUCUCCCACGCAGGGGCGUGGCCUGUUUUUCGCCAACGUCAUGCGGCAGAACCAGGGCAUUUUCCCCAAGGACAAAGAUGGGGACGUGUACGUCUCGGAGGCGGAGUCCGAGUUUGCGGGCCUGCCUGUGGGCGUGGCACUGCACGGCCUGACCAAGACAUACGGGAGCCGAACUGCCAUCCGGAACCUCAACCUGCAGUUCUACGAAGGCCAGGUCACCGCGCUUCUGGGACACAACGGAGCAGGGAAGACCACCACCAUGUCCCUCCUGACUGGACUGUUCGGUCCCUCUUCGGGCUCGAUCGUUGUGUACGGCAAAGACAUGCAGACCUACAUCAAAGAAGUGCGGAGGGAUCUGGGAGUGUGCAUGCAGUAUGAUGUUCACUUUGACCACCUCACCGCCAAGGAGCACCUCCUACUGUACGGCAGCAUCAAGGCCCCCCACUGGAGCAAAGCGGAACUGUACCAGCAAGUGAAAAAGACGCUGCAGGAGACGGGGAUGUACGCUCACCGGCACAAGCGCGUGGGCACGCUGUCGGGUGGCAUGAAGAGGAAGCUGUCCAUCUCCAUUGCCUUCAUCGCGGGCUCGCGACUGGUGGUCCUGGAUGAGCCCACGAGUGGAGUGGACCCUUGCUCUCGACGUAGCAUCUGGGACAUCGUCAUUCAGAACAAGACAGAACGCACCAUCAUCCUGUCCACACACCACCUGGACGAGGCCGAGGUGCUGAGCGACCGCAUUGCCUUCCUGGAGCGAGGGGGCCUGAAGUGCUGUGGCUCCCCGUUCUUCCUGAAGGACAAGCUGGGGAAGGGCUACAGCCUCACCCUGACCAAGAAGGCGGAGACCCCAGGCUCGGACGCAGGGUUUAACAGUGAGGAAGUGAGCGCCUUCAUCAAGUCCCACCUCCCGGAAGCUUGGCUGAAGGAGGGGGAGGUGGGCGAUGUGGUUUAUUCCCUGCCUCCCUUCAGCUCUCAAAAUGCCGAGGACUACCGGUCCCUGCUGACGAGUCUGGACAAGAACCUGGACACCCUCCAGCUGGGCUGCUACGGUAUCUCUGACACCACACUGGAGGAGGUCUUCCUGCAGCUGACGGGCGAUGAGGAAGAGGAGAGCCGGGCCUGGUCGCGGACCAAACGGGUGAUAGACCUGGCAGCUGAGAGUGAUGGGAUGCCAGAAGAGACUACAUCCAGCAGCUACACCGUCAGCGACAAAGAGGCACUCACAGGCUCCGCCUCUGUGGAAGGGCUGGCUCUGAUUGGUCAGUGUGUGCUAGCUAUGCUGAUAAAGCGGCUACACCACUCGCGCCGGAACUGGAAGGGACUCAUUUCUCAAAUCCUGCUGCCCGUCCUGUUCGUCAUUGCUGCCAUGGGCCUGGGUACCAUCAAGAGCAACCUGCAGGACUUCCCUGAGCUGAGGCUCUCCCCAGCACUGUACCCUGAUGGCCAACAAUAUGCAUUUUUCAGCAACGACAACCCCAGCUCCAGUCCCCUGGUCAACACCAUGAUGUCAUUCCCUGGAAUAGACAACGUGUGCCUCGAGAACCCGGCCAGUCAAUACUGUUUGAAAGACAGCCAGUUGGGUGACUGGACCAGAAGUGGAAACAUGUCCCUUCCUAAUGGGAUCUGUGAAUGCACCAGCACUGUACAGACUUGCCCCAGGUUCAACUUUGAGCCCCCCAGCAAGAGGAAUCCAUCAUCCCAGAUCGUCUACAACCUGACAAAUGUCAACAUAGAGAAGUACCUCUUGUUAACUGCCAACAAUUUUAUCCAAGACAGGUAUGGGGGCUGGUCCUUUGGGGCAUCCCUUCCCACUGACCUCAGGAUGGAUAUGGUGCAAAAGCCCCAAAACCGAACCCUGACCAAGGUGUGGUACAAUCCAGAAGGUUAUCACACGAUGCCUGCUUUCCUCAACAGUCUGAACAACUUCAUCUUGAGGACUAACCUGCCCUCUGACGUAGAUCCAAAGAAAUAUGGUAUCACAGUGUUCAGCCACCCCUACCCUGGCCAGGUGCAGAAUGAUGAUGUCAUCCUGCGGAACCUGGUGAACACCCUGGUGGCCCUGUGCAUCCUCCUUGGGUACUCCAUCAUGACCGCCAGCUUCGUCGUCUACGAGGUGCAGGAGCACCACAGCGGGGCCAAGAGGCUGCAGCACAUCUCUGGCAUCGGGGAGCCCUUCUACUGGAUCGUCAACUUCUUCUACGACAUGACCCUGUACCUGUUCCCGGUGGCUGUGUCCGUCGCCGUGAUCGCUGCCUUCCAGCUGCCAGCCUUCAACAGCCAGUACAACCUGGGCGCCGUGUCGCUGCUGCUGGUGCUGUUCGGUUUGGCCACUUUCCCAUGGAUGUACCUGCUGGCUGGGACCUUCAAGGACACAGAGAUGGCCUUCAUCAGCUACGUGUGCAUCAACCUGUUCAUCGCCGUCAACACCAUCAUCUCCACCUCUGUUGUGUACUUCCUCAUGCAGAUCAACCAGGUGAACGGGCGUGGCGAUCCGAAGGAUAUCCAGCGGGUCUACGACGUGCUGAGCUCCGUGUUCCUGAUCUUCCCUCAGUUCAGCUUUGGGAAUGGGCUGAUGGAGCUCUCCCGGCUGCAGAUGGAGGUGGAGAUGCUCGCGCUGUACGGGGUGGACGCCUACAAAAACCCCUUCAGGAUGGACGUCCUGGGCUGGAUUUUUGUCUCCAUGGCAAUCCAGUUUGUGGUGUUCUCCGCCCUGCGCCUGCUGUUGAACACCUGGCUGCUCCGCAAGAUCAGGAGCCUGCUGUGCCGGAGAAGUGUUCCUGACCUGUUGGAGAGGGAUGAAGAUGAAGAUGUGGUGGCAGAGCGCCACCGUGUGGAGAGUCAGGGGGCCAGCUCUGAUGUGUUGCAGGUCAGCCAGCUCAACAAGGUUUACCAGAACCUGAGCAAGAAGGUCCAUGCAGUCAGACGGUUGUCGGUGGGCAUUCCCGCUGGAGAGUGCUUCGGUCUGCUGGGAGUCAAUGGGGCUGGGAAGACCACAACCUUUAAAAUACUGACAGGAGAAAUCAUGCCCACUGACGGGGCAGUGCACAUCAGGGACCAGUCUGGGAGACUGGUGAACGUUGCGGAUAGUUACAACGAGGGCCUCAAGAUCGGCUACUGUCCCCAGGUGGAUGCGCUGGAUUUCCUACUGACUGCAGAGGAGCACCUGUACUUCUAUGCCCGGAUACGAGGCAUCUCCAGCCAUCACAUCAGCAGAGUGGUGUCUCACCUCCUCCAGAAGCUGGAGCUCGCGCCUCACAAGGACGUCACCUCGGAGCGCUACAGCUGUGGCAUGCGCAGGAAGCUGUCCACCGCGAUCGCGCUGAUUGGACGCCCACAGAUACUCCUGCUGGAUGAGCCCAGCUCGGGGAUGGAUCCCAAAUCCAAACGUCAUCUCUGGAAGAUCAUCUCCGAGGAGGUCAAGGCCAAAACUGCUGUCGUCUUGACCUCACACAGCAUGGAGGAGUGUGAAGCUGUGUGUACCAGACUGGCCAUCAUGGUGAAAGGACAAUUCAAGUGUCUGGGCUCUCUGCAGCACAUCAAGAGCAGGUUUGGGAGCGGUUUCACUGUGAAAAUGUACCUCUCUGUGGGCAUGCAUGACGUGGACCUCAUCACCAACUUCAUGCAGAUUCACUUCCCCAGCACUUACAUGAAGGAUCAGCACUUGGGAAUGGUGGAGUACCAUGUGCCGGUGGUUUCAGGAGGCGUGGCAGACAUCUUCGACAAGCUGGAGACCAACAAGGAAGCCUUGCACAUCAAACACUUCUCUGUCAGCCAGACCACGCUGGAUGAGGUCUUCAUUAACUUUGCAAUGGGCAAGACAAACAAGAGGAGCUCAAACGGGUCAGAGACUGAGACUACAGAUCCCACAGUGCUUGUGAACAUUUAGAGCAGAAGCAGUGCCUGCAACUGCACACACAGUAUGGACAGUCAAAGCUAUGCUGCACAUGUGAAAAUGUCUCUGUGACGUUUCUUUUUAUUCUUGCACAAUACUUGAUAAAGACCUAUUUUUGUAAUUCAAGAUUUUUUAAGAACCUCAUUUUAUAAUUUGAAAGAUCAACGGUAAUGAAGUAGGCAUUUUAUCAUUUUCAAUAGUAGCUGUAGUAAAGGACUUCUUUUGCCUAAAAGAAAGGAGGCUAUUCUGACUGAUCUGUCAACGAUUGAGCAGGUUCCAUUCCUGAGGUGUAGGAAUAUGAUACCUCCCAAAAUCUCUAUUGUCUCAAAUGAGAAAUGAGAACAAUUUCCUUGCCAGGAUCAUUUUUUAAUGAGACAGAUGUGGGGAAAAAAAGAUCAAACUUUUUAAUUUAUUUAUCUCUUUUUUAUUUCUGAGUGUUUUGAACUUUCAUUUAUAAAAGGCUUUGUUCUGCA